AUGGCUUCCAGAAAGAAGGUCCUCCUCAAGGUCAUCAUCCUGGGCGACAGCGGUGUUGGCAAGACGAGUUUGAUGAACCAAUAUGUCAACAAGAAGUUCAGCGCAAGCUACAAGGCCACUAUCGGAGCCGAUUUCCUGACACGAGAGGUGUUGGUGGACGACCGCCAAGUGACCAUGCAGCUGUGGGACACGGCCGGGCAAGAACGGUUCCAGUCGCUGGGUGUGGCCUUUUACAGAGGAGCCGACUGCUGUGUGCUGGUGUACGAUGUCAACAACUCCAAAAGCUUUGAUGCGCUCGACAGCUGGAGGGACGAGUUUUUGAUCCAAGCCUCGCCACGAGACCCGGAUAACUUCCCGUUUGUGGUGUUGGGCAACAAGAUCGAUGUGGAGGAGAGCAAGAGAGUGAUCUCGACGAAGCGGGCCAUGACCUUUUGCCAGUCCAAGGGUGGUAUCCCAUACUUUGAGACCUCUGCCAAGGAGGCCAUCAACGUUGAGCAGGCUUUUGAGGUUAUCGCGAGGAAUGCGCUCCUCCAGGAAGAGUCGGAAGAGUUCAGCGGCGAUUUCCAGGACCCCAUCAACAUCCAUAUUGAGAACGACCGGGACGGGUGCGCGUGCUAG